CAUGCUGGCGGCUACAGUCGCGAAUCCAGCGCUGCUCUGCUUUGCAUGCAAUCAAGAAAGCAACUGAGAUGGAACCAUGGCCUUGUCUGUUUCUAUUUUUGGAAGUGUUUACUUCAACAGUCCUGAGCUACCCAAGUGGAAAAAUUGAUAUGGCCUGUAAUUCUAUGUUACCCAUGCAUGGGACCUCUGCUCCACAGGCCUCUCCACCGCUAUAUGCCAUCUCUGUCUCUAGCACGGCAUUUAACCCUGGUGAUGAGAUCACAGUAUCUCUAACAGCGAUGAACGACUCCAGUUUUAAGGGAUUUUUACUACAGGCCCGAGAAAUUGGAGGAGAUGUAGCUGUUGGUACGUUUCGGAUUCUAACGCCUGACACCCAAGGCCUUGUAUGUAACAACAUUCAGAAUUCUUCUGUGAGUCAUACUGACAGGAGAAACAAGCAAAAUGUAUCUGCAGUUUGGGUUGCUCCUCCUGGUCUGAAGCAUGUUAUUUUCAGCUCUGAUUUGUAUGUUGGAAUGAUAGUGAUAGAGGACUGA